AUGCGUUCCUUUUUAACCAUUGCUCUUGCCGCCACUGCAUUGCUUCAACGUGUUGCAGCAGGAGGUGCUCCCAUUACGCUUGAACUUGUCGACGCGACCAACUUUUGUACGUUCUUGCCACCAGCCGAUUCAGAAGAUCGCAACAUUGCUCGUACAGAAUACAAGGCCGAAGUCUUUUGUAUGGGCUCAACUCCUAAUGCGGAUGCAGCUGGUACUUUGGCUGAUGGCUUUAUCCAAUCGGCUCAUUUUGUUGCCACCGACGACUAUAUCCAAGUGACAGGUCAAAUCGAUCCCGUAAAGAUGAAUCUCGAUCCAAAUGAUGAAGGUGGCCAAUACGAUAUCGUCAUGCCAAAGGGUGCCGUGUGUGCUGGUGGAUGGAAGCAUUUUGUCAACCUUAUUGAACCCUCAAGCAAUACCUAUUGUCUCCGUUGCUGUCACAGUAAAAAAGACUGCAACAGAGGGAUAUCAGAAAAGGGCUGUGGGCACAUUAUCCCUGGUGAUUACAGUGGUCCAAUGGAUGGUAGUGGUCCUUCGACUGGUGGUGGUGAUAACAAUCCUUCUCCACCUCCUGCAACAACAACAUCUGCCCCACAGCCUUCUUCUUCGCCUGAAGAGCCUUCUACUUCUCCUGAAGUACCUUCAUCAUUGCCAUCAUCAUCGUCUGGUGAAGCACCAUCAUCAGCAGGCGUUUCCGAAUCAGCAUCGUCAUCAGCAGCUCCUUCUUCGUCAGCGGCUCCUUCUUCUUCUUCUUCAUCGGCUGCUGAUAAUGCUCCUUCCGAUGCUGGUAACGCAUCCCAAAAUCCUUCAGGCUCGUCUUCCAGUGAUAGUGACGAAGAAAAGGUUUCAGCUCAAGCCGUCAAUGAUGAAAGUGGUGCCAUGACGCUUGUUCCUGCCAUCGGUACAGCUGCUGCCAUUAUUGUAGCAUCCAUUCAAUUGAUUGCCUAA